GGUUCUCAGGAGGAUAAAAACGAGAUAAAUAAAUACUCUACCCGACUACAAAUCCCAGCUAUAGGCUCUUUACUCUGCGCAUGAGCAGAGAGGUGGGGCGCGUGCACCCACGCGGAUGUACCGUUGUGCAAAAUGGCCGCGUGAGGAAGCUUUUUCAAAAUCACUGAGUGAGUCAAGAUUUGAAGGCGAUCGAGAAUCUGCGGUUCUGGUCGGUCUGUAGAACCGAGACCGGGCGGAAAGUCGCUCACAGACAGAGUUCGGGUCUCGGGUGACCGAGACCAAAGACCGCCACUGAGCGCUAGCCGUGACGUCAGGAGCUGUCGCGCGGCCCGGUUAGCUUCUCAGCGGGAAACGGUUAAGCGACGGAACGGGUUCCGGUCCGGUUUGGAGACUUCGGCCAAAGGUAACCAGCACGACUCCCGGGCGUUUGUGUUCUGACGCUGCUGCGAUGGCCAAAAGGAUCGCGGACAAAGAACUGACUGACAGGAACUGGGAUCAGGAGGAGGAGGGGGAGGAGGCCGGGACCUUCUGCCUGGCCAGCGAGGACGUGUUGAAGAGUCGGCCCAUCAAGAAGGCCAAACGCAGAAAUGUGGGCUCAGAGGCUGAUGUGGGAGGAGCUUUCAAAGGCUUCAGGGGCUUUGCGUUCUCUGCGUCAGCCUCCACCAAGCCCACCGCCCCUGGCUUUGGUAACGCAGAAGGAUUUAAAGGUUUCAGCGGCGCGACCAAUGGGAGUGCUCCUGCGUUCAGGGGUUUCUCCGCCCUCCCAGCAUCCUCUGCUGCGGCGAGUGUGACGUUUAAUGGAGGCUCCUCCUCUUCAAAGCUGCCUGCCGACAGCAGCCCCAGUCAGGCCAAUGGCUCCGCCCCCGGCGCGGCCCCGACCUGCAGCAGAAGUAGGGAGUACAGCCGGCAGCUGGCGGCGCUCAACCGCUCGGUGCGCGACUGGAUCAGCAAACAUGUGGACGACAACCCCCUGUGCGACCUCAACCCCAUCUUCAGGGACUACGAGCGCCACCUGGCCAGCAUCGAGCGGAAGUUCGGCGGGGGGCGGGACAACUCUGAGGAGACGCCAGCCCCCACGGAGCCCCCCCCUCCUCCAUCGUCUGGCGGUGCCACAGCGCCUCCCUCAGCUGCUCUGUUCUCCUUCAGCAGGGACUCCUCAGCAGACCGCCGUCUCACAGGCGCCAGCUUUGACCCCGCCCCCGCCGGCAUCACCUUCAACUUCGGGCAGAAGGUGGACGGCUCGGUCCUGAACUCGUUGGGGUCCAAACCCCUCGGCCCCGCCUUCUCUUUCACCCCUUCUUCAUCCAGCGCCUCCUCCAGCCAGACGCCCCUGUUUGGAGCCGCCUCCUCUUCAGCCCCUCUGCCUUUUGGCGGAACAAAGACAGAGGAAACCCCGCCCACAGAUGAAACCGGAGAAGCAGAGUCGGAGGAGCCUCCCAAACCGGAGGUGAAGGAGGUGAAGGAGGACGACGCCUUUUACUCCAAGAAGUGUAAACUCUUCUAUAAGAAGGAGUCGGAGUUCAAGGAGAAGGGCGUGGGAACGCUGCACCUGAAGCGGACCGGCGAGGGGAAGACCCAGAUGAUCAUCCGGGCCGACACCAACCUGGGUAACAUCCUGCUCAACGUCAUGGUGCACGUGUCCAUGCCCUGCACGCGUGUGGGGAAGAACAACGUGAUGGUGGUGUCCGUGCCCAACCCCCCCAUAGAUGAGAAGAACCCCGGCGCCCCCGUCCCCCUCCUGAUCCGGGUCAAAACUGCCGAGGACGCAGACGAGCUGCACAAGACGCUGGAGGAGAAGAAAGGCUGAGGCCGCCGCCGCUCGCUCACGUGCACAGAACCAUGUGUUGAUGCUGUGAAUGUUGGAGGCCCGGCCUGCUGUGACCCGGUUCUGAGGCCACUGAUUUGGUUUUACAAAUUGUUCUGCAGCUACGCGGCGUUUGUUUCCAUGUUCCCUCGUCUGGCCGCACUUCCUGUCGUCCUGUGCGGUCCGGCGGUGGCGUGGGGCGUCCUCGGCUCGGACCUCCUUUGUAAAGACUUUUCUUCAGGAAUAAACAAAUAAAUCCACAGUCCGGG